AUGGCUCUCACCCUAACUGAUUUUUUCAAACUUCUAGGAGCUGUGAUUAUCCCACCUUUGGGAGUGUUUUUGGAGCGUGGCUGCACCUGUGACCUGUUGAUUAACAUCCUUUUGACGUGUCUGGGUUACAUUCCAGGUAUCGUGCACGCUGUCUACAUCAUUCUGAAAUAUUAA